CAGCGCAGGAGAGAACAUUAUCAUGCGUGAGAAACGACUGUCCUCCGCUGGGAGCAUUGGGGCUGCGGUGCCCAUUGAGGAAGUUGCAACGCGAAGCAUGGCAGCACCGACGACGACGGGCAAUGCUCCAUUCAGAACAAAUGCAACCGUGAUGGAUCUUGAACCGAUUCACGCUCCACGAUUGACUGGCACAUCCCUCAAGGUCUUUGCAAAGUUCACUCGAUUCCCUGGCCUGGGCAACACGAUCUUAAAGAAAAUUAAGAAGGACAACAACUUCCAGCACGCCCGUGAGUUUGCCUCUAUACUCGGAGACGUCAUGCCGCUAUACCUCCCCCUGCACCCGCCGUCGGCUGAACUACUGGCAGAGCACGUGAAGCUGGCGUCAGCAUUUAGCAUCGAAGCUCUGGCGGACACACCCAUUGACGUCAAGAACGGCUCCUUCUGUCGAUGGACUAUCCACGACUACACCAGUCGGUACAAGGCACAAACAGUCACGCCGUCCCAAGUGAUUGCCGCUGUCCUCGAUGCCAUCGACGCUUCGAACGCCUUGUCGCCACCGCUCCUGGCCUUCAUCAAGGUCAAUCGAGAGGCUGUGAUUGAAGAAGCUGCCGCUUCCACGCAACGCUAUGCGAGCGGAAUUCCCAUCGGGGUAUUGGAUGGUGUCCCAGUCGCCGUAAAAGACGAGUUAAAUGUUGACGGCUAUACGACGUCGUUUGGCACAUCCUUCAUGGAUGAUCUUGCCACCGAAGACGACACCCCGAUAGCCCGACUUCGCCAAGCCGGCGCGAUUUUCGUCGGAAAGACCAACAUGCACGAAAUUGGCCUCGGGACGUUCGGCAUCAACAUUGCUUGUGGCACUCCUCGCAAUCCGUACAACGACCAACACAUGACCGGCGGUUCCUCGAGCGGCUCGGCGGCGGCCGUCGCAGCGGGACUCGUGCCUCUCGCGAUUGGGUGCGAUGGCGGGGGCUCGAUUCGGAUUCCUGCGGGUCUGUGCGGGGUGGUGGGCGUCAAGGCGACCUACAUGCGCGUGCCGUUCCAUUUCCAAGGCGGCCCGAGUGUGGCCAACGUGGGUCCGCUGGCCGCGACGGUGCAAGACGCAGCCCUGGCGUACGCGGUGCUCAGCGGGGCCGACCCGGAUCUACCGCUGAGUCUGACGCAGCCCCCGCCGUUUGUGCUGCCUCCGUCCCCCUCACCCAAGUCCUUGGCGGGUCUCCGCGUCGGGGUCUUUCCGGCUUACGUGGACGGGUCGGCCCCGGAGAUUGCGUCAGCGUUUUGGGACACGGUGGCGUUUUUGAAAGAGCAGGGCGCGACGGUGGUCGACGUCGAGAUCCCGCACCUGCAAGCGAUCCACAUGAGCCAUUCGAUCACCAUCUUGACAGAGGUGUCACAGUACUACGAAACACAGCCAGUGGCUUCGUUCAGCCCUGAUGUGCAAAUCGCUUUGGCACUCGGAAAACAAACUCUCGACUCGGCGGAUAUUCUGGCAGCACAAAAGAUUCGGGCGUACGCGUUGGCUGCCACAAGGAAGUUGUUUGAAUAAGUUGACGUAUUUCUCACUCCAACAACGGCAGCUUUGGCUCCACGACUGGAAAACGAUGUGUUCACCGCUGGAUUGUCAGAGCUGUCGCUGACAACUGCCCUGAUGCGCUUUGUCCUCCUGGGAAACUUGGUUGGGAUUCCGGCUUUAUCAGUCCCAAUGGGUUACGCACCGGAGUCCAACUUGCCAAUAUCUCUGCAACUGCAGGUCAAACACUGGAACGAGCAUGUCCUGUUUGACCUCGCACGCACUUUGGAGGCUCGAGUCCCAGUGAAGAAGCCUUCCAUCUUCUUUUCAGUUUUGGAGCCAAAGUCAGAGUAGAUGUUUUGAACCGCUGGAAUGCUUUUGUACAUGUACUGUACUAGUACAAGCAUUCAGCUGCACUUACAUCUGACGACUGUUCAUAUCAUCGCCGUCUACUCUCGAAGUCUCCCGCGGCAGCUUCAAUCGAUCGAGUCGUUGUUGAGCCUCUCACCUUGUG